GCCUUCUACGAUUUAUACUUACACCCCUUAAAAGGGCUACCAGGCCCUUGGUCAGCCAAAGCCAGCGUCCUAUGGCAUUUGUAUCCUAGUCUUCGCGGCGAUUUCCAAUAUGCUUUACGCCGGAUGCAUCGAAUGCACGACCCAGCCAUUCGAAUUGCACCAGGCGAGCCCGUUUUUCUCGAUACCGCCGCAUGGAAAGACAUAUGGUCAUCGCAAUGGAAUUGGAGGGUAUUCUAG